CCCAGUAACAGAGAUACCCCAGAGAGAUGUCCCCGUCCUCUGUAUUCCCAGGAUUGUACAGAGGAGAAUCACAGGAUCCCACAGGAGGAUCAUGUACAACUUCUGUCUGAUAUUAAAACAGAAGAUAUAGAGGGAGAAGAAGAGACGUAUGUGACUGAUAUAAAGGCAGAAGAUACAGAGGAAGAAGAAGAGACGUAUGUGACUGAUAUAAAGACAGAAGAUAUAGAGGGAGAAGAAGAGACGUAUGUGACUGAUAUAAAGGCAGAAGAUAUAGAGGGAGAAGAAGAGACGUAUGUGAGGGGUGAUCAGCAGUGUAAGGAGGAGGAGAUCCCUACAGAUAUCAGCACAGCAGAUGGACACACAAGCAGGAAUAUCUCAGAAGGACAUCUAAAGUUAUCCCCGGAUUGUGACAUAAAAGAUAAUGACAGUAGACAGGAUUCUCCAGGAGCUAACCCCAUUACCCCAAUUAUACAUCCAGCUCUAUCAGCUGGUCCCUCUGAUCCUGGGAAAUGUUCUCCUGAUCACUCUGAUAUUGGUGCAUCUGUUACAGCUCUGAGAGUAGAUACAGUGUUUCCCUGUUCUAUAGAUGCCAAAUGUUUUACACAGAACACAAAACUUAUUACCCAUCAGCCAGCUAAGGCAGGACAGAGGCCAUUUUCAUGUUCUGAGUGUGGGAAAUGUUUUACAUACAAAUCACUUCUUGUAAGACAUGAGAGAAGUCACACAGGAGAGAAGCCAUUUCCAUGUUCUGAGUGUGGAAAAUGUUUUAUACAAAAAUCAGCUCUUGUUAUACAUGAGAGAAGUCACACAGGUGAGAAACCAUUUCCAUGUUCCGAGUGUGGGAAAUGUUUUACACUGAAAUCACAUCUUCUUAGACAUGUGAAAAUCCAUACAGGUGAUAGGCCAUUUCCAUGUUCUGAGUGUGGGAAAAGUUUUAUAGAUAAGUCACAUCUUGUUAGACAUGAGAGAAGAAGUCAUACAGGUGAGAAACCAUUUCCAUGUUCUGAGUGUGGGAAAUGUUUUCUAGAGAAAUCACAUCUUGUUAUGCAUGAGAGAAAACACACCGGUGAGAAACCAUUUCAAUGUUCUGAGUGUGGGAAAUGUUUUGUACAGAAAUCAUAUCUUGUUACACAUCACAGAAGUCACACAGGUGAGAAGCCAUUUCCAUGUUCUGAGUGUGGGAAAUGUUUUAUACAUAAGUCACAACUUGUUAGACAUGAGAUAAGUCAUACAGGUGAAGAACCAUUUCCAUGUUCUGAGUGUGGGAAAUGUUUUAUAGUUAAGUCACAACUUAUUAGACAUGAGAGACAUCACACAGGUGAGAAGCCAUUUCCAUGUUCUGAGUGUGGGAAAUGUUUUGUACAGAAAUCAGAACUUGUUACACAUGGGAGAAUACACACAGGUGAGAAACCAUUUCCAUGUUCUGAGUGUGGGAAAUGUUUUAUACAAAAAUCAAAUCUUGUUCGACAUGAGAGAAGUCACACCUACAAAGGGCAAGGCUUCAGCGUUACCAUCCAACAUGGGGGAAGCUUUCUCUCUGACCUCUCAUUACACAACGUAUCCUGAUCCCGGCUCUAUGUGACCUCUCACAUCUAUCACUUGUGUCACAUUACAUCUCAUACCUGUAGUUUUAUGUUUCUGUUGUUUCCCUGUUACCUGUUCUGUAAGAUCACCUGCUCUCAUUGUGUGGAUGGGGGAGGGGGGGGUCACUUUCUAGCAUGAGUGGUAGUUUCUGGAACUGGAUUGCCCAGAGGAGUGUGGGAGUACCAUCCUGGAGGUGACGGGGGUGAGCGCUUAUUACCUAAUAAUAGGGAUACGAUCUGACUGUCAUGUCCCUGCUACACCUCCGCUCUGCCUAAUAAUGAGUGCCACUUUAUAUACGGGCAGCUGUGCCAGUGUCACCCCACGUCUGUAUCUCACAGGCUGUCACAUAAGCCCCUAUAUCUGUUGUAGAUGCAAUAAUCAGCCUUGGGCACAAUUAUAUAUAUAAGUCAAUUUGUGGCAGUACUCCCGCGACAUGAGUUAAAGUCCGGUACCCAUGCAGCGACGGGACAAACAUACAAAGCAAUGGGCGGCACUCAGGUCACAGAAAAUACAAACAGACAUACCUUAUAUCCCCCCUCAUGUGCAAUGAAUUUCGGCGUGGUUGCAGCGUUCUGACGCCCACAGAUGACGUCAUCAUGCCGCCCCGCCUACCGGAGAUUUCAUAAUAGAUACAAACUGAAACAUAGAAACAAGAAUUGUUAUACACAAAACAAUUUAAACAAACCAGGAACAAGUACAGAUGCCAUGUAAUAAAUACAGAUCACAUAUGUAGAUACAUACUUCUAGGUGAUUAUGAAUAUAAAGGUUGCUGACCACAUCUAUACAUCAUUAUAAAAAGCAAUGAAGACCAAGAGACUCGUUAAGGCCUUUGGGAGAAAGAGUUUGCAGCUCAUGAAUCCAUCUGGAUUCUUUCUGCAAUAAAGUGAUUUAUUUCCACCUCUCAGAUUCGCAGGUUCGUGAUCUAUAAUGAUAUAUUUUAAACAGGCAAUGUUAUGUUUGGCUAGGGCAAAGUGUCGAGCAACCGGCUAGUCGCUAGUCCCACUUUGUAUGGCCUUUCGAAUGACCAAUUUGUGAUUAGCCAUAGUGUACAGUCGGUUUUGCCGACAUAAUGCAAUUCGCAUGGGCAGCUGAUAAGAUAUAUAAUAAAUCUAGUAGUGCACGUGACCCUAUGCUUAAUGGUGUAUUUUCUGCCACUGAACGGAUGCCUGAACGUGCUCCUGGUAAGGAGAGAUCUACAUGUGGUGCAAUCAAGGCAUCUAAAGCAACCUUUCGUAAAGACAAAAAGAUGUUUUGUUCACUCUGUUUGGAGUGCAGACCAGACACAUUAGAUUUGAUUAGCCAGUCUCGUAAAUUACAACCUCUCAUGUAUGUGGGCAUGAUGGCUGUUUCUGUAAGAUUCAGAUCCUUGUCAGUCUGUACCAUGGGCCACAGGGAUUUGGUAGUUUUGGCAAUUGCCCUACUGUUAACAUUAUAGUGAUUAACCCAUGGAAACCGUGUGCUGCCAAUUUUUUUCUCUUUUUGACCAAUAAAGUAUCCCGAUUAA